AUGACAAUACCAUAUGGAAAAAUGGCUAAUACUUCGAUACUUAAUAAUAUUACAGAAAAAUCAUCAACAUGUUUUUCAUAUUUAAUUCAACCCAUAACACCAUGUAUAUUUGGAAAUGACAAUUUUGAUGGUAAUUCAGUAAAUGAUGAUGAAUUUUUUCUUACUGCUGGUGGAAUUAUUCAUUCAUGUCCAAAUAUAUAUGAAUUAUCAAUAAAUAAUCAAAAUAACUAUCGAAAAUUUCAUUCAUGUAAUCAUUUAUUACAUAUUAAUAAGCAAGAAACAUCAAUUUUAAACAUGUAUAAUACAGACUUCGAUCAUUAUUCGAUUAAACCACGUUGUCAACCUAUAUCAACAUCAAUAUCGACCGAUUCAAUUAAUUCUGAUAUCGAAUUAUAUAAAGAACGGCAUGCAAUGGGUCUUUCACGAAAACAUAAUACUAUGAUUAAUACUUAUUCAUCAUUUUUACCAACAACAUGGAAAUCAGAAAAUUAUCUUUUCUUCAUAUCAUUUCUUCAUCAUCAGUCUUUAUUGUCAUCCACAGCGGAUAGCAAUAGACGAUCACGUUCAUAUGAGUUUUUAAUUGAAUAA